GUAAAAUCUAUAGGGAGUGUGUGGGCAAAGGGGUGUGACGAGACAUUCACCUAUGCACACUUUCCCCAGUCACAUGUCUGACUCUUCACUCGAUCUGCUGUAACGCUUGCCAUUAUUUCAACAAUCAGCUACUUGACGUGAGCCCCUUUCGCUGUUUAGUUAGAUCAACAUGUCCCAGCUUUAUUCUAACCCAGCAGCUGUUCCACCUGGUUUGGAGUACCUUACACAGAUUGACCAGAUAUUAGUCCAUCAAAAGAUUGAGCUCCUUGAAGCCAUUAUUGGCUUCGAGACUAAUAACCAGUAUGAGAUUAAAAACAGCGUUGGUCAAAAGAUCUUCCAUGCUAAAGAAAACACUGACUGCUGCACGCGAAAUAUCUGUGGCCCUCUGAGGAGUUUUGAGCUGCAGAUAAAAGAUAAUUUUGAUCAGGAAGUGAUUCACUUAAUCAGGCCUUACCGCUGCACAUCCUGCUGUUUCCCCUGCUGUCUUCAAGAGAUGGAGGUACAGGCUCCACCAGGGAAUGCAAUCGGUUACAUCAAGCAAGACUGGCACAUGUUUAAGCCCAAGUUCUCCAUCUAUGACAUGUCCAAAACAAAGGUUCUGUCCAUCGAAGGGCCUUUUUGUGCCAUCAGCUGCUGUGGGGAUGUGGAUUUUGACAUAAGCGGUAAGGAUGGAUAUUCUGUUGGUCGCAUCAGUAAACAGUGGACUGGCUUCAUCAAAGAGACACUGACUGAUUCAGAUAAUUUUGGCAUUAACUUUCCCAUGGACUUGGAUGUGAGGAUGAAAGCAGUUCUGCUGGGAGCAUGUUUCCUUAUAGACUUCAUGUUCUUUGAGCAGUCCGGUGACUCAGGACAGCGUUGCAGUGUGUUUGGCUAGAAGGGAGUGGGAGAUAGAUUGUGGUUCUUGGUUAAUUUUUUUUUCUGGAAUAUUCAUAUGUAGUAUCACUACAUUUACCAUUUGUGAGUAGUUUCUGUAUUGUUCUAACAUCAGUAAAAUCACUAUAAAAGCAAUUUACAACAUAGUUGUAGCCCAGUCUGGCUAUAGAUAAACUAUAUUUUAGAGAUGAUUUUCUGAUUUGUAAUAAUAAUAAAUAAUUCAUUUCCUACUGAAAUCUUCUUGCUCUUUAGAAGAAAGAAAAUGUUUCUGUGACCACACCUCUAAAACAAUUUUAUGAUGACAAAGUUCAGAGUAAUUACACUAUCCAUCCGUCCAUUUUUGAUUUAUUUUUUACGAACGUCUAUGGAAAGAAGUUGUCAUGAACAGCUUAACAUUUGCCUUACCGUGCUUAUCAUAGAUUGUAUAUAGAUAUGUAUAGAUUAUUAUUGCAGAUUAGGAAUAUUUAUUUCUGAUCAUAGUUCACAAACUGAAGUGCAUGAGUAAGGGUUUUUCUGCUGCCAUUGUGAAAAAAAUAUCUGCCAAUAAAGAGCUGACUGAUAAUUCACCAA